AUGGAAGAAAAUGAUCACGGCAACAGAGACGUGGUGGAGCGGCAGGAGUCGGCGGAUGAAUCAAACAGAGCCAUCCUUCCCCUCUUACAGGCGCCGGGGAACCUGCAGAUCCCUCACCGGGUCACCAAUUUCUUCAUCGACAACAUCCUGCGGCCGGAUUUCGGACGGAAAAAGGACGGGGGCGCAAACCGCGAAGAGAGUAGCCUGGCAUCGCGGGAGAGCCACAACAGCCCCGCCGCACCUCAGACCGAGCCGGUGGGGAGCACGGUGCCGGCGGAGGGGACCUCCACUCCGCACACGGUUACCGGGACCAAGAAACCCGCUAUAGCCGCCGAAGAGCCCCUGAAACCCCGCGGGGUGAACGCAGACCAGUGCCUAAGCUCAGACUCAGACAGUUCCCAAGCCAGCUCAACCCCAUCCCAGUCCCAGCCCAUGCUGUGGCCAGCCUGGGUCUACUGCACCAGAUACUCGGACAGGCCUUCAUCAGGGCCAAGAUCUCGCAAACCAAAGAAGAAAACGACCAGCAAAGAGGACAAGCGACCACGGACGGCCUUCACAGCAGAACAGCUGCAAAGACUAAAAUCGGAGUUUCAGACAAAUCGCUAUCUGACCGAGCAGAGGCGGCAGAACCUGGCGCAGGAGCUGGGUCUCAACGAGUCCCAGAUCAAGAUCUGGUUCCAGAACAAGAGGGCCAAAAUCAAGAAGGCCACCGGCGCUAAAAACAGUCUGGCCUUGCACCUGAUGGCACAGGGACUGUACAAUCACGCCACCGUCACGUCGAAAGACGAAAAAUCAGACAGCGAUUGAUUUCCAGAGAAGUCACAGCAGCCUCCUGACGAAAAAGAACCUAUAGUAAUCCUAUGAUAGAUUUUUAUUGAGAUAUCACCGCAAAACUCUACCUACAGGAAUAUUUAAUGAUACCACAGCAGAUAAAAAAUACCAUAAAGUUCUAUUACUGUCACAACAGAUGGGUCCAGGACACCACAGGAAAUUAAAAAAAAAUAAAAAUAAAAGUACAAAGGAACAAUAAGGUCACUGGACUGCUAAGAGUCCCUACAGGAAUAUUUAAUAACACCACCAUAAGUCUCUAUAUGUUCCUAUAGGAAUAUUAUAGUGAUUUUUCGUUAUAUGGGAGGUUUUGUCAAGCCUACAAUGCAAUAAUUUCAUCGAAUAAAAGGGCCAGUGUGUAGAGUAUACCAGCAUAAAUUGUUUUAAAAAAAAAAAAAACAGAGAGAGAUAUUUCUGCAAUAUCACGUCUAUAAAAGAUGUUGUAUAAAGGUAUGUUUUCAUUGUUUGUCGACCCCCCCCCCCCCCCCACCCCGCCCCUACAGGAGGAACAAAUGCUUACAACCCUCAUUUUUAUAUAGGCCUACUGCUACCCAUGAUUGUCAUCAUUUUACAUUUAAAAACUAACUGGCACUUGACGUUUCCAUCUGUCAGUGAGGUGAACAAAACUGAAGUCCAAAGAAUAUUUUUCUGCUGCAUCCAGGCUACUGUGAAUUUAAAUAAAUGCUAACACGAUUUUA